AUGUCCAGGGCGGUCCUCCUGACCCUCCUCCUGACCCUCCUGCUGCUCCCUCGGUGUCGUUGUGAUCCAGUUGUGGUGCAGAAGGACACAGCACUGUCCGACUGCGCUGGCUCCGUCGCUGCAGAUGCAAAGCAGGAGACCGAGGUGCCCAUCCCCCCUGGUCCCGUCAGACCGGCCCUCCCUCCUGCAUCUGUCCGUCUGUCUCUGCAAAAAAUUCCAGAUCUGCAGUUAUUGGGGUGUGACGCCAGUUCUACUUUAGAACUGGUCUCCUUCUCUCCAGUGGUCCCUGUGAGCUCUUCUUAUCUCGUGGCAUCAGCGGUACCUGAGAGCUUCUCUGGUGGUAUCAGCGGUCCCUGUGAGCUCAUGGCCGGUCGGGUGGUGCAGGUGCAGCCGGAGAGCAGUGCGCCUGGAGAGUGGAGCACAGGGCUGUGUGAGUGCCACAAAGACAUGGGAGACUGUGUGUGUGCUCUCUGCUGCCUCCCUCUGUUCAUCUACAGAGUGACUCGGGUUCUUGGGGCCUGUCCCUGUCUCCUGCUGUUGGACUGUCUCAGCUGUGUCCCUCCUGCUUCACUGGCCAUGAGGGCCUCAGUGAGGGAGAGGUACCACAUCAAGGGCAGUGUGUUCAGUGACUGUUUCUUCGGCUGCUGCUGUUACUUUCUCUCUUGGCUCCAGAUCUCCAGAGAACUGAAGAGGAGCCGAGAGAGGGGUAGCCGGGAGAACCACAAACAAAAAGGGAUCAUGUCGGCAAAGAUGGCUGACACUCAACCCAAACCUUUCAUCAAGACCUCGCUCCCAAACAAGUGGAGCUCAGGGAUCUGCGACUGUCUGGAAGACCUGCCCAUGUGCUGCCUGGCGUGCUGGUGUCUCCCCUGCUUCACUUGUAUGAUCAGUCGUGAGGCAGAGCAGUGUCUGUGUCUCCCCCUGCUGGACGCCUUCGGGAUCAUUCCCCCCAUGACCACAGCCAUGAGGGUCCGGCUGAGGCACCGCUACAACAUCCCGGGGGACCUGUGUCAGGACUGCCUGUACUCGUGCUGCUGUGGGCCCUGCUCCUGGUGCCAGAUGGCCCGAGAGAUGAAGACCAGGGGCCAAUGA